AGCGAUGGCGCCGCUGAAGAAACUACUGGAUGCAGAAGCGGAGGCAGCAGCAGCGGCGGCAGCGGUGACGGCCAGUAGCGGCAGCAGUAGCAACAGUAUGAGUUGCUCGCUCCGCAUUCAUCGUGAAAACUCGCGAGUGUUCCGCGUGCGUGACAGUGGUGUAUUGACAGUGGUUUCGAUUCGGCAAGUGUGAAAACGAGGAUGCCGGACCGUUGGCAGCGUGCGAUCUCUGCUAGACCGAGCCAGUGAUCGUGGUACCAGUGAAUCGUUUCGAGGGCCGUUAUUUUUUUCCCUUGUCGCGCGCGUGUCCUCUCUUUCUGUUGGCCGAGAGGGAUAAUAGGCCGGGCCUAUCAGCACAGUAGGAAAAUGGCGGCUCGCCUUGCGCGAAGUAGACGACCAGGGGCAACGACAGUGUUCUUCGCGUGACGCGCGCACUGUACGCACAAACCUGAGGGAAAAGAAAAUAACCUCUUUACGCGAUCGGGUCGUGUACUCUGUCAAAGUGUGCGCACGGUAGUGAGUGUGUCUCUGUUCGAUCGCGUUGUCGGCGCGGUGAAGGAACGGAGCUGUCGCGAGAGUGAUAGAGAGGGAUAGAGUGACAGACUGAGAGCCGCGGGCGAGGAAGAGGGAGGGAAAGACAUUGUUAACGCAUAUGCAUUAUAUACAACGCGAGUUGCGAUGAGAGCGGGACGCGAGGAACGAAGGAAAGACAACACGGGAACCGAGUAACGAAGAACCACUGUGCGUCCCGUUUGUGCACGCUCGUUGUGUGCGCUCGUAUGAGAGCGAGCGGCGAUCACACCGGUGACAAGUGUUCCGUCGACGGGGAACUUCGCCUUAUCCCCGUGUCGACAAGAAGAUGAUAUUACAAGGCCCGCAGGAGGACCGUCGUGCGUACGUCGAUCGCGAUCCUCGUGCCGCCGUUUCCUGUCGUCGCCAUUGAGCUACAGCCGUUUUUGCGAGAGGAGAGUGGAGGCCGUGAACGGCGGGACGAUCACGACGAAAAGCCUCAGGGAAGAUGAGAGGCGCGUGCGACGGCGGCAUAGCGAGCUUUCUCGCUCUGGCGCUCCUCUGUUUAUUCCACACGUCAUACCUUGUGGACGGACUGUUGAAGUGUCACUGCGAUAUUUGCACGGAUACCAAUCACACGUGCGAGACCGACGGCUAUUGUUUUGCCAGCACCAGCUUGGAGAACGAUGUUAUCACGUACGCUCGGAGGUGUUACGAUAAGGAUCGCUUCUUCCCGGCGCCCGAGUACUCGGUCUGGUGCAGCAUGAACGGCACGCUACGCGGCCCAGGCGACAUGGAGUACGUGGUCGCCUGCUGCAACCACACCGACUACUGCAAUCGCGACCUAAGGCCCUCUUUUCCCCCUCGCGAGGCCGAAGGUGGGCCAUACUCUCGAGUCGCCGAUUACCUCGGACGAGUGUCCCCGGGCGGCAAUGACGCGACGUGGGUCACUUGGAAAAUGGCGUUGACGAUAGCGAUGCCGAUAUGCGCGAUCUGCGUGAUCGUCAUGGUCAUCUAUCACAUCCACAUGACCAAGAGGAGACCGCCCGGACAUUUCCCGGACGACUCGAUGGAGGCGCCGGACCGGCCCAUCCUCGGCGCGGUCACCAUUAGGGACAUGCUGGAGAUGACGACCAGCGGCAGUGGUUCAGUAGGUCUGCCGCUUCUGGUACAGCGGAGUAUAGCCCGCCAGAUCCAGCUCGUGGAAACGAUCGGAAAGGGUCGCUUCGGCGAGGUCUGGCGUGGUCGUUGGAGGGGCGAGAAUGUCGCUGUCAAGAUUUUCAGCUCGCGCGAGGAGAGGUCCUGGUUCAGGGAGGCCGAAAUUUACCAGACGGUGAUGCUGAGGCACGAUAACAUCCUUGGGUUUAUCGCUGCUGAUAAUAAAGAUAACGGCACGUGGACUCAGUUGUGGUUGAUCACGGAUUACCACGAGAAGGGCUCGCUGUUCGAUUAUCUGAACAGAUCGACCGUGGACACGAACGGCAUGAUCAGGAUGGCGUUGUCGAUCGCCACCGGGCUGGCGCAUCUUCACAUGGAGAUCGUCGGCACGCAGGGGAAACCGGCGAUCGCCCACCGUGAUCUCAAGUCGAAGAAUAUCCUCGUGAAGACGAAUGGUACAUGCGCGAUCGGCGAUCUUGGAUUGGCCGUCAGGCAUGACGUAAUUACAGACACCGUCGAUAUCCAGCUCAAUAAUCGGGUCGGCACCAAACGGUACAUGGCACCCGAGGUUCUCGAAGAGACGAUAAACAUGAGCCACUUUGAUUCCUUCAAGAGGGCUGACGUGUACGCUCUCGGGCUGAUCCUCUGGGAGAUCGCCAGGCGGUGCAACGUCGGCGGAAUCCACGACGAAUAUCAGUUACCGUUUUACGACCUGGUGCCUUCUGAUCCGACGAUCGAGGAGAUACGUAAAGUUGUCUGCACCGACCGGCAAAGGCCGUCGAUACCGAAUCGGUGGCAGUCGAUAGAGGCACUGCAGGUGAUGUCGAAGGUGAUGAAGGAGUGCUGGUACCACAACGCGGCAGCUAGAUUAACCGCGCUUAGGAUUAAGAAGUCUCUCGGGAAUUACGGCGCGACGGAGGACCUGAAGUAAACCGGAAGAAAGAUAACGGAAGAAGAAACGAACAAUCGAGAAAACAGCUGGUUGCCGACCGUCGAGACUAGGAAUGAAAACGGUAGUGCUUAAGAACACGCAUGGACACACUCGUACCGUAAUGCUUAUCGCAAUAAAACGUUUUAUGUGUCGUGUUACCACUUACGUGCGCGCGCAACAGAGAGAAAUAGAAAGGAAGAAAGUGAGCGAGCGAGAAAGAGAGAAAGAGAGAGAGAGAGAGAGAAAGCGAGAAAGAAAGAAAGAGAGAGAGAGAGAGAGAGAAAGAGAGAGAAUGAAUAGACAGAUAGGUGUAGCAAGAGGAAGAAAAAGAGACGCUGAACGGUUCCCGUGAAUUUUAAUAUGAGAAGCAGAGAGCCUAACGAUGAAAGACUGGUCGAGAAAUCGAGACGACGUUCCUUUAACCGCGUUGAUUUCGGGUCAUACCCCCAAAAGAAAGAAUCUUUAGUUACACGAGCUCGGAGCAAACUUGUUUUUCGUUGCGAACGUUUCACGAGAACGGUGUUGUCCAUUUGUAAAAGCGCUAACGAAGUCUGGCGGAUCGUCGAACGUUGCAGAAUGAUAUUUGCCGGUCUUCACCCAGUGAUGCGCGAGAAAAACGGCAGGAAUCGUUCCGGCAGCGAACCCGACGAGGAUCUAGCUGUCCGGUUCUAUAAUGUUCGGUUCAUCGAGUAAAACGACGGGACGCCCGGUCGCGCGUCACACUACCGCUGUAUAUUUAUUAAAUAGUAAUGGAUAAGGAUAAUGAGGUAUACAAAUUGAUUAUAAUAGCGACGUUUAUUGAGUAAUAUUAAGGUGUAAACGAUAAAUUUGUACAUUAAUGUAUACACACGUACAACACAGGCACACUCACGCUGAAAGAGAGAGAGAGAGGGACAUAUACAGACACACGUACACGUGUAAUCGCGUAUAUUCGUAGCCGGGCGAACCGACCAUUUCGAUUAACCGAACCGUUGGCGCGAUGUUAUUUCAUUCCAGUCGACGCGUCCGUUAAUUAAUUAUGAUUAAUCGCGUCGGCCAAUCGAUAGAACGCGUUGCUGCCGGAUAAACGAAACCGCCAUUCGCGGUUCUCCGUUCACCGUGACGUUGGACGAUUCGACGGGAACACGGCCUCGAUCAUCAUAAUUAUUGUAAUAUACGAUACAUUCUCUUCUUCCUUUUUGUUUGCCUUUUGUUUUCGUACUUCUGCGAAACACGUGUAGAGAGCUCGUUAGUUUACCGGUGCAUGCAGAGACUGGAUCGUUUUUCAUUCCGGGAGUAUAUACCAUACUCACACCGUGUUACAAGAGAAAUGCAUAUCUUCGUAUCUCAUUUAUAUGCGAGUACAAGGCUGCAGUUCGUCGAUAGUAUAAACAUACAGGGUAGAUAGGAAAUGAGAAAAAGAGACGAGCAGCGGGAUAUGGCGAGCGCGGGCUUUCCUUUAUCGUUCGAACAGAAACGACAGUUCUACUAAUUCGCUUUUCGUGAAAUCGGAUCCGUUGCUUUUCGACCUGGAUACGUAAAUACCGGCGGAACCUCGACUAUUCGAAUUCAUUCGGUCGUCGAUUCGACUUUGGAAUCGUGGAAACGCGGACAGCUAUUUUUCAUAGGGAUUUUUAUAACCGACUGAACGUAACGAACAACAUUUUAUGGCUGUUCCUCCACUGCCAAUUAAGUGUUUAUAACGUCUGUUUUAUUGUUAGAUGAAGUUAAGUAGUUCCAUCGACUGAGAUUAAAAUACCAUGUUUCAAUCACAAUUUCUAAUCACAAUCUUCUCUGGGUAGCUUCGUUUCCUACUUGAUUGCGAACGCAUCGGAACUAACACUUGCAGCUGAUUUAUUUUAAAAAGAUUUUACCAAUGGAUAUCCGUUUUUCUUAUACAGUCAUAUUAUGUGUAAUUCAUCCAAGUCUCUAUAAACAGAACUGCAAAGGCACAGCGAUAGGGAAUUAAUCGAAUCGACUAAAGUGUGUACAGGAUUUUCAUACUGCAACUUUAUAAGCUUUUUUAUCAUCGUUUUUAUACAUAUUUCAAUCGCUUACAUUGAUAUAAGGAAGAGAAACCUCGAACAAAGUAGUAGGUAACUAAAAAUCGACUAACGAACAAAGAUGACCAGCUUAGACGAAUAAUAAUAAACUUUUGAAACAAGGGUAGUUGGAUGAACCAACGAAUCGGUGAUUGGGAAAUCGAAUAGUAUCAAAUAACUCUGAAUAAUCGAGGUUCCGCCGUACUCUUUUCCCGGCCAUCAAUUUUUCAGCACAUGAUUACCCACACAAUGAAGUUUCUCGGCAACUUCCAGGCUUCAUUUGUCGAUCGUGUCUUUUUAUACAUAAUACGUAUUCUUAGUCUGUAGACAUACCCAGAUAUUUUGCUCAAGACGAACUAUUUUCGCGUGUUCACUGAACGCAGUGCGUCGCGAUACGCGGGACUUGUUGGAGCGUGUUUCCUUUGUAACACAGGAAGGCUGAAAUUGAAGGGUGCUAAGCUCAAGGAUGAUUGUAAUACAGUUUCGCGUGUGCGAGAGAGGAAGG